AUGGACGUUCAAGCCGACAAGCCCUCCAUGCUGGGCUCAAGUGACGAGAAACGAAUCGUGGAGGCGAACAGGAAUCACAGCGUCGCCACAAACGCAUCGCUGGACGAGGCACUCGAACAGCUGGAUAUUUCGACCAAAGAUGCCGACGAGGCGUUUGCCUUUCUGAAGGACCACCCGAACGCCGAUGGCGUUCGACAAGAGGCCAUGGCCAUCCUAGCAGACCCCAAGGCUACAAAGCGCCUGUUGCGAAAGAUUGACUUCACCAUUGUGCCCUGCAUGAUCGCCGUCUAUUUCCUGCAAUACCUGGACAAAACGACCAUCUCUUACGCCGCCGUGAUGGGUCUGCGCACGGACACCCACCUAGUCGGUCAGGACUACAGCAACGUGGCCAUGAUGUUCUACAUUGGCUUCCUGGCCGCCGAGUUCCCCACCCAGUACCUCGCCCAGCGCAUCAGCCGCCUAGGCAAAUACCUGGGCGUCAACGUGAUGUUGUGGGGCGUCAUUCUGUCCUGCAUGGCUGCGUGCACCUCGUAUGCCGGCCUGAUGGUGUGCCGGACGCUGCUCGGUAUCUUCGAGGCACCUGUGGCGCCGAUCCUCGUUCUGAUAAUCGCCAUGUGGUACAAGAAGGAGGAACAGGGCCGCAGGGUGAGCUAUUUUUAUGUGUGCAACAGCAUCACACAAAUUUUUGGAUCCGGCGUCGCCUACGGCGCCAGCUUUUCGACCAGCAAGUUCGCCAGCUGGCGCAUCUUCUUCCUGAUCAUCGGCUUGAUCACCGUCCUUAUUGGGUUCGGCGUGUUCAUGCUGCUGCCCGACUCGCCGGUCAAGGCAGUGCGGUUCACCGAGGCCGAGAAAGUCGCGGCCCUGCUUCGCGUCAAGGAGAACCAGUCCGGGACCCAAAACGCGAAGCUGAAGAAAGUGCAGGUCAUCGAGUCGGUCAAGGACGUCCGAGUCUGGCUGGUCUUUCUGUCCGUGAUGCUGACGUCGAUCCCCAACGGUGGACUGUCAAACUUCUCCUCGAUCCUGCUCACGACGUUCGGGUACACCAGCCAGCAGGCGCUCAUUCUCAACAUGCCCACGGGCGCGGUGGGGAUCUUCAUCGUGCUCCUGUCAGGAUAUCUCAGCGAUCGAUGGAACGACCGGUCGCUCGUGAUGCUCAUCUGUCUGAUCCCGACCAUCGUCGCGGCGGGCUUGAUGUACGGUCUCGACCCGGACGGCAUCCCAAAAAGCAAAGGCGCGCUGCUGUUCGCGUCGUACCUCAGCGGAACGUUCGGCGCCGCCUUCAUGCUCCUCCUGGCGUGGAACGCGUCCAACAUUGCGGGCCAUUCGAAAAAGGUCACGGCCAAUGCCUUGACCUUGGUCGGUUUCUGCACGGGGAAUAUCCUGGGCACGCAAACGUUCCAGGAAAGCGAAGCGCCCGGCUACAAGAGCGGCAAGAUCGCCAUCGUGGCGUGCCUCACGGCGCAGGUCUGCUUGUGCUUUGCCCUGCGCUACUGCAACGACCGGCUCAACAGGAAGAACCAGCAGCGGCUGGCGGAGAUGAGCGAGGACGAGAAGGCCAUCGUGAGGGAGAAGUUGGCCUACAGCGACGAGACGGACCUGAAGAAUCCCUUUUUCGUCUACACGCACUGA